AAAUUUCAUACAAUUAUUUUUUUCUCUAAUAAAUUAUUUUCGAAUAUAUUUUUUAAUAUUUAAAAAAACAAAAAAAAAAAAAAAAAGAAAGAAACUUUAAUAUUUAAAAAAAAAAAGACAAGUUCCUUUUUAAUAAUUAUCAAAAUUAACAAUGGAAGCUUUAACACCAUCCAAAUCUGUAAAAUUUUCAAAGAACCCAGAUCAAGUUAAAAUAAUAAACUCUAGAAAUAAUAAUGAUUUUUUUGAAAUCUAUCAAGCCACUCCAACUACAAAUACAACCACAACCACAUCAAAUAAGGAGAAUAUGGAUGUUCUUUCAAUGACACCAAAAUCAAAGAAAAAAUAUAUGAAUUCAUUUUUAACUUCAUCUAAUAAUAAUAAUAAUCAAAAACCAUUAACACCAUUAAAGGUCAAUAAUAAUUUGUUAAACCAAUUAAGCAAUACAACACCAACAAAACAAAACAAACAAUUAAGUGAUAACAAUAAUAAUAAUAGUAAUGUUUUCUUUAGUGGUAAAAAUAUUUCAAGUAGAGAAAGAGUUCUUUCUAAAAUGACCAAAUCAGCAAGAAGAAAUACAGUUUUAAUUAGUGAUUGUGCAGACCUAGAGAGAAUUAAAGAAGAGCAUAUGAAGAAUCAAUCAUCACUUAUUGUAUCCUCAUCUAUUAGAACUUUUAUUCAAAGAAAAAAAUUUAAACAAAUAAGAUCAUCUGCUAUUAAAAUUCAGUCAUUAUUUAGAAUGUGUAUUCAAAAGAGAAAAUACCAAAAGAUUUUAAGAGAGAAGAGAGAGCAAGAGAAAUUAGAGAAAGAUCGUAUUGAAAGAUUAAAUGCCAUCAUCAAAAUUCAAUCUAUCGUUAGAAUGUUUAUUCAAAGAUCAUCUUUUAAAAACCAAUUGUUUUUAAAAAAAGAACAAGAGCGUUUAGAAAGGGCAAGAGUAGAACAAGAGCGUUUAGAAAGAUUAGAGGAAGAACGCAUUGAGAAAGAAAAAUUAGAACAGGAACGAAUCGAAAAAGAGAGAUUGGAGGCAGAGAAAUUAUUAAAAAGUCUUGAAGAAAGUGAAGAUUUUGGCCAGGAAGAGUCUGAGGAGGAAGAGGAACUUGAAGAAGAAGAGGAAGAAGAAGACCUUGAAGAAGAAGAAUUUGAUGAUGAAGAGGAGGAGCAAGAAGAUAAGGAAAUUGAAGAAAAAUUAAAUUCAAACAAUGAUUCGGAUAUUGUUUAUGAAGACCAAUCAAGCUCAACCAAUAGUUCAAUAUUAAUGACUGGUGACGAUGGUGAAGAUGAAGAGGAUAGGGAUAAAAAGAAAAAGCCAAAUAAAGAUUCAAUUAAACCAAGUAAAACUGAAAAGCCCAAAUUAUCAAGUGCUGGUAAUACAUCAAGAUCUAAACCACUUACAUCAACUGUUUCGGCCAGAGCCAGUACAUUAUCAAGUAGAUCAAAUGAUACUAUCAACUCCGCUUUUGGAAAAACAGUUUCUAAAACAAUUUCAAAAGUUACCUCACCAAUCUCUAAAGUUAUUUCACCAAGAGUUUUAUCUCCAAAUAUUUCAUCACCAAUUAUGAAAUCUAGAGCAUCAUCAACAUUGUUAUCACUCGCAUCCAAAACAACCAAAUCAAUGAGUAGCAAAUCUGUUGAUAUUGAAAGUAAUAGAUUAAGUUCAAAAGUUGCUGCUUUGAAAUCAAAAUCGACUGCUGCUACAUCAAAACCAACUCCUUUGAUUAGCACAAAUAUUGCACCAAUGAUCACAAGAUCAAGAAGCCAAACUCCACUCCCAGAAAAAAUUGCUCUUCUUCCAGUUAGUAAUAAGAAAAGACCUUUACCAUCUGUAAAGAAUCAAAUUGAAGAUUUAAAAGUUCAAAAAACUACAUUAGCAUCUGCUCCAUCAACUUCAGAAUCAAUCGAAGAAAAGAAAAAGAAAUUGGCAGAUAUCAAAGAAAAGAAGAGUAAACUUGAAUCAUCAACAGUUGUAGCACCAACUGGUAUUAAAUAUACAUCACCCAUUUCAUCACCAAGAAUGGAUGGUGGAUCACCACCAUUGGUUUCAUCCCCAUUUUCAACUUCAUCAUCUUUAUAUAGCUCACCCAUCAUUGGUACAACCAAAGCCGACGCCUUAAGAUCAUCAGCCAUUUCCAAAUCUGUCAAUAAAAAACCAGCUGCUACCAAAACCACUACCACUACUGCUGCAUCAAAUAAAACCACUGUAGCAAAAUCAUCCUCUGUUGUACCCCAACCAACCAAAAAAUCAAUGCCAAGUACCACAUCCUCAACUGUAAAAAAAGCCUCAACUAGUUUAUCUAAAAAGUAAACAGUAAUAACCAUAUUUCAUAUUUUCUUUCUUGUAAUUAUCUUUUUUCCAAACUCACCCCACACCCAUAUAAAAUUUAAAUUUCAUCAUCAUUCCUCUUUGAUUUCAAGUUCAAAAUUUGAUUUGUUGGACAUGUUUCUUUUCUCUUAUAAAAAUAUUUUUAAAUUGGAUAUUUUUAUUUAAUAUAAAUAGUAUAAUAACAAUAAUAAUUUCUUUUUUUAACCUAAAAAUAAAUAAAUUCUUUUUUUUUUUUUAUCUAUAUACC